AACAUGGGAUCAUGGGUAUGCGGUGGAAGUGCAAAGUGUGCUAUGACUAUGACCUGUGCACACAAUGCUACAUGAACAACAAACACGACCUUGGCCAUCCCUUUGAGCGAUAUGAGACUGCACACUCUCUACCGUGAGUAUGGAACCAUGAGUGUGUUGAAUUAUAUCACCACAUGUAUUGGUUUAUGUAGAGUAAUCAUUUAUUCUUUGGAGUGGAAGAACAUAAAAUCGUGAUUGUAUUUUUCGAUUAAAUGGUCAUUAUCAAUGGAGAGAUUUUCAGGAAUGCAGUCAGGUCAUUUUGCAUGCAUCUCUCUUCAGGCAUUCUUACGGUAUUGAAACUUGAUCCUCUCAAUGCUCAAUGGGUACCACUUUUGUGUCCUUAUAUGGGGCAUCACAACUAAAUCAGUCCAGUGUUGCAAGAUAUGGCGAUUUGAGACAAGAGUGUGUCAGAGACCGCUUUUCUUAUUUAGCUGUAAAUACAUUCCCUAAAUGCAGUGUAGGUGAUAUAUCUCAGAAAAUGUUUUUGUUACUUUUCUUGAAAUCAUCUUUACAUCCCGAUGUAAAUGCUCUGACAAUCUAAAGAAAAAUAUCUGUCGUCUAUGGCAGCUUCAGGGCUGUACAAAGCCAUCCCAAAUGAAAUGUUUGGAUGGCCUAUCUGUCUAUCUGCCUGUCUGCCUAUCUGUCUAUCGGUCUAUCUGCCUGUCUGCCUGUCUGCCUAUCUGUCUGUCUGUCUGUCUGUCUAUCUGCCUGUCUACAGUAUACCUGCGCGCACUCUUCCAAUGCACUCAUUGGGCCUUGUGACUGCAGUCUUCCACAAGGCUAGGCAGACAUAUUGCUAUAAAAGCUAGAGGGCUAGUUGCACAAGAAUGGUACAGAAUGUCCUAGUUCCACCUAGUUACACAAAGCAUGAAACAAAAGAGAGAAGUACAAGGGAUGUGUACUGAAAGGCCUCCAUAUUUAACAAACACAAACUUUGUUAAAUACGAUACGCUACUGAUACAUGGGUUAAGGGGGUUGUGCAGGCACAGUCCAACACCGCCUCCUCUCAGGCAGUCCACCCAGCCACAGAAGUCCUCAGGCAGCAAAGGAGAUAAGGAGGAAAGGGUCUGAGGGAGACGAAGCCAGGCAGUGGUUUGUAGUUGGUGGUGUGGCACUUAGCAUAGAGCUAUAGCUUAGCUCUUCAACCCAACACCCUGGGAGAUCAGGAGGUAAAGAAAAAUGAGAGAGUUGAAGGGAUUGAAAAGUGUUGCUAUGGUUGCUGUAUUUCUUUUGGACAGGUCAUUUAAAAUGUAUAAAUUAAUUGUUUGUUUUUUUGUUUAUUUAUUUAUUUAUUUAUUUAUUUAUUUAUUCAUUUAUUUAUUUAUGGAUUGAUUAAUUGAUUGACAUUUUUUUAUUGUAGGUUAAUUUAUUUUUUAUAAAUAAUUGUCAAUGAGAGGGAUGCCCCUUUUUUAACUUGAGCACCCCACACGAUGCCUAUGCACGGCCCUGGUUGUAACUGCAUUUCAGUCAACGUUUCAUUUCAAUGUUAUUGCAUUUAGCCACCCCACUGGUCACUGAUUGGUAGGCCUUUCAGAAUGGCUCAUUCAUUUUGCGAACAGCAGUUCCUGACUAUAGUCCCAGCAAAAUGUUUGGAGCAGUAGGUGGCUAGAUUUGGUAUGCCCCACAUUUGCUUUUAAUGACAGCAUGCAUGCAAGCUCCAAAAGAUUGUGCAAAACCUGAUGACCUGUGGUAUUGCAGCAUGAUCUGUCUUGAUCGUGCAAAGAGUAUUAGGCUUUCUGCUUUUGGCCUUCUGCAUCUACACAUCUGUCUAUAUAUAUAUAUAUGGACUGUCUCCCCUGUGCAGUUAAACAGACUUCUAUGCCCCUGAAGCAGGACUUAAGUCAUUUAAUACAGUUUUGCGUGAUCUCGACUUGAAUAAGAUUGACACAAAUCUCCAACCAAUCAGGUGUAGAGAGCUGUGGUAACAUUAGAAAGGAACUGAAUAGAACUUUACUAUUUAUGUGCACAUUUUGUAAAAUUUCCUUUAUUUUACUAGAGGCAACCUUGUUCGGGAUAGUUGUUUACCUUAUUCCAACUUUUAAUGUGGUUUGCAAGAGACCGCUGAGACUGUGUUGAUCAAUGUUCAAUGCAUCUAACAGAAGUCUUUCCAGUCUUGAUAUGAGCCGAAAGUGAAGGCAGUGGGCAGAUCAACACAUCCUAUCAACUUAAAGAGUGAGUGCGAUAGUAAGCAGAUUCUUUAACUUAAAAUGUUACUAUACAAUCGAGUGGUAAAUGGGAGCUUUUUGACUAAAUGUAGCCUACCUCUGACGGUGUGGUAUGUACUGAUGUUUAUAAUUGCGCUGAAAGUCAGUCAGUCAGGGAUGGGUGUGUGGUAUCAUUUGAGAUAUCAUUUGAGCCAGCUCUCAUGAGUCAUUAUCUCACCAGGCAACGUCACGCAAAAUGCACGUACUCUUAACUGCAAUUACUCAUAAGUGAAGUAUCGUAAAGCUGUCCUCAUUAAAAGUACAUUUUGAUUCUUCAAAUUCUCCCAUAGGUCAAAGGUCAUUUUGUUCAGAGUGCAUUCUAUUGUUGAAUCAAAGGUCAAAGGCCAUUUUGUUCACAGUGCAUUCUGUUGUUGAAUCAAAAGUCAAAGGCCAUUUUGUUCACAGUGCAUUCUAUUGUUGAAUCAUAGGUCAAAGGCCAUUUUGUUCACAGUGCAUUCUAUUGUUGAAUCAAAGGUCAAAGGCCAUUCUGUUCACAGUGCAUUCUAUUGUUGAAUCAAAGGUCAAAGGCCAUUUUGUUCACAGUGCAUUCUAUUGUUGAGUCAAAGGCCAUUUUGUUCACAGUGCAUUCUGUUGUUGAAUCAAAGGUCAAAGGCCAUUUUGUUCACAGUGCAUUCUAUUGUUGAAUCAAAGGUCAUAAACCACAAAAUGCCUCAAAAAGCCAAAGUUGGUCUUCCUCUACUUUUCAGCAGUUUUAACAAGUCAACAAGGCAGAAUAAAAUCGACCACUUUCUUAGCAAAAAUCUAUACAAUUAUUAAUAUAUAUAAAUAUAAGAUAUAUCUAUUUAUAUAUAGAGAGAGAGAGACAGAGAGAUGAAUAUAAACUCUACGUGUACGCCAAAGUGCCAAGUCUGUAGAGAAGGGAUUACUCAAGUCACUGUGUGCAAGCUGAUUAACAUGGCUAUGUGGAGACGGCUGUUGUUGCUCAAUCUUCUCUGUGCUCUUAGUGCAACAUUGGUAUAUUUGUGUUUGUAUAUGUUUAGAUUAGUUUAUUUGUUAGGUGUACUAUGUCUAUUAGACUGUUCCAUUCGUUCUAUACACUUGUGUGCCAUUUCUGCACAUGAUCAUGGAGGUGUUUGUCAACAGUGACGGGUUUAGUGCACCUCUAGCACAGACAGCUCUGUUUGGAGAGCGUAGCCCGGACUAUAUUUAAACAUCCACCCCGAGUGGCUUUGCUGUAGAAGAGGCUUAAGUGGGGAGGAGGUGUGGGACAUACGUGAUGUUUUUAAUGACAUGAGAGCGCGCAUGUGUACAUACAUUUGAACUGCGUGGGGUGGAGCUCUUCUAGACGUUGAGGAGCGCAAAGCAGAUCUACUUGAAAUAAAUCAGAUGCACAGCUGCCAACAUGGGAACCAGGAAGUUAUGGAUUUCUCUUUUAAGCCCCAAACAAGUCCUGUAACCAUAACUGUUACAGUUCUUUUGUAGGCUGUUCGUUUUUAAAUAACAAGGAAAAAGAGAACAAGGAACAAGCUGUUGAAGGCGGGAACAGAUAAAUCUGGCUAUGUUUAUCUGCUUUCUAUUUCCACUGUGGAAGGCCAAUGCAGGAAAAACUGUGGCCCUUUUGUUAACCAGGAAGGACCAGGAGCAUUGACAGGAAUUACAGAUUUGUGUAUAGUUUUGUCUCUUUGUGAAGAAGAUAUGGGAAUAGGCAGCUCCUUUGCACCACCAAGAUCAGAUCAAAUCUUUACUAUAAGAGUGAGCUUGGCACCAAGGCAAAAUCUGUCGCGGAUUAUCCUUAAAGGCAUCUUUCAGGGAGUGAAGGUUGUGCGUGGACCUGACUGGGAUUGGGGCAGUCAAGAUGGAGGCGAGGGCAAGGUUGGCAAGGUGGUGGACAUCCGUGGUUGGGACACAGAGUCCGGGCGCAGCGUAGCCAGUGUCACUUGGUCUAACGGUACCACCAAUGUGUACCGGAUGGGCCACAAGGGCAAAGUGGACCUCAAAUACGUCUCUGAUGUGCAGGGUGGAUUAUACUACAAAGAGCACCUUCCAAAUCUAGGGGAGCAUGCAGAACUGCAGAGCCAGGAGAGUACAGAUGGGCAUGUCUUUCAGCAAGGAGACAAAGUCAAGUGUCUCCUGGAAGUGGACAUCCUUAAACAAAUGCAGGAGGGACACGGCGGAUGGAAUCCCAAAAUGGCUGAGUACAUUUUCAGAAUCGGAACCGUCCACAGGAUCACAGAAAGGGGUGAUGUUCGUGUACAAUAUACCAAUAAUAUCCGCUGGACAUAUCACCCUGGAGCUCUUACCAAGGUGAACACAUUUGGUGUGGGUGAGCUGGUCCGGGUGUUGGAAGACAUUGAGAGUGUUAAGCGGCUCCAGGUUGGCCAUGGCGAAUGGACGGACAGCAUGGCAUCUGCCCUAGGGCAGGUUGGUAAGGUGUUGAAGGUGUACGCUGAUGGGGACCUGCGCGUGGCCUUUGGCAGCCAAACAUGGACAUUUAACCCAGCAUGCAUUUGUGCCCAGCCAGUGGAAGUAAACGCCAAUUUGAUGACAACUGAGAACCCGAGUCAGUCAGGAUGCCGUGUCAUCUCUGUUCUAGAGAAGCUGCUGUCCCAGUCGACAGAGCAAGACAACCCCAGCAGGCUAGUGAUUGAGGCUGCACGUGGCAGUGCCACCAAAGUACAAGAGCUGCUGCAGAAAUUCUCAGACAAGGUUGAUAUACAGAACCAGGGGAAGACGGCACUGCAGGUGGCGGCCCAUCAGGGACAUGUGGAGGUGGUGAAGGUUCUGCUGCAGGCCAACAGUGACAUCCAGCUGAAAGAUGAAGAUGGAGAUGCUGCUCUACAUUACACAGCCUUUGGGAACCAGGUGGAGGUUGCACGGUUGUUGUUGAGUAAAGGGGCAGAUGUAAAUCUUCUGAAUAACUCCAUGUGUACCGCCCUCCAUAUCGCUGUCAACAAAGGGUUCAACGAGGUGGUCCAGGUUUUAACUGAACACACAGCGGAUGUCAACCUUCAGGACUCUUAUGGAGACACCCCACUUCACGAUGCCAUUGCUAAAGACUUCCAGCAUAUUAUUGAGAUCCUCACAUCAGUGCCCAGUAUUGAUUUCACCCUUCAGAAUAACCGUGGUUUCAACCUGCUGCAUCAUGCUGCUCUGAAAGGCAACUUGCUUGCAACAAAGACUAUACUAGAACGGGCACGGCAACUAGUGGAUGUGAAAAAGGAUGAUGGUUUCUCAGCAUUGCACUUGGCUUCCCUCAACAACCACUGUGAAGUUGCUAAAAUUCUCAUCAAAGAGGGUCGCUGUGAGGUCAAUAUCUGCAACAACCGCCACCAGACACCUCUACAGCUGGCAGUCACCCAAGGUCAUUCAGAGCUGAUCCAGCUGCUGGUGGUAGAAGGGGCAAGCGUGAACAUGGAGGAUGAAGAAGGGGACACCGCCAUGCACGUAGCGCUCAGCCGAGAGACACUGGCAAAUGUCAUGAUCACCGCAGACGGAGAGGGUUCCUCCUUGCUCAGCCUGCUAAGCAGAUCUGGACUGGUGGGUAACACAGAGCUGAAUCUGGGCACUGCCAUCGCCUGCUUCCUAGCACAAGAGGGCGCUGACAUCAAUUAUGCCAACCACAAGGGCAAGAGUCCACUUGACCUGCUCACCAAUCCCACUCUUCUGCAACUCAUCAAGAGCUUCUCUGAGAAACACAGGUUGCAGCAGCUCCAGGCAGUCACAUGUGGUACCAGUGGCAGCACUAGCAGCUUGAGAAGGGUUCAUACCACACCUAAUACCAUGACCAACUUGGCCAUGCCCUGUACUCCUGGCCCAAGUGAAUGCCUCAUUUGUUCUGAACUGGCACUCCUUGUGCUGUUCUCCCCCUGCCAGCACAGUGUGGCUUGUGAAGAAUGCGCUCAUCGAAUGAAGAAAUGCAUUAAAUGCCAAGUCACCAUCACUAAGAAAAUUCGUCAAGACCAAACGGAGGUGGACUUCAGUCCCGGCUCUGAGAGCUCCGAGCAGCACAACCUGCUGGAGCAGCUGCAGUCCCGCUACCGCCAGAUGGAGGAGCGCAUCACCUGCCCCAUCUGCAUCGACAGCCACAUCCGCCUUGUAUUCCAGUGUGGCCACGCCUCCUGCAUUGACUGCAGUGCCGCGCUGAAAACGUGCCCUAUCUGCCGACAGACUAUCCGGGAGCGCAUCCAGUUAUUUGUAUGACUACGCUAUGACUCUGCUGUCUCUCCGGUCAUGGUUGUACAUAUCUCCUAUUUGCUUAAUGCAGUAGACAUUGUGACGGUAGGUAUUGACUGGCCUUCAGCUUGUGAUGGAAGUCAAGCAUCUGCUUUUGCCCUAGUCAGAUAUUUAAAUGAAGGGUGAGGGUAGGUGGAGGAGUUCAUGUACACGCUGCACCUCGUCACUCCUCCCUGCUUCUUACGGCCUGUGUGUGCGCACGCGCAUCUGCAUCCCUUUUUGAAUGUGUAUAUGUUGUCAUCUGCAUCCCUUUUUGAAUGUGUAUAUGUUGUCAUGUUUUUCCGCAUAUGUACAAGUGUGUCUACCAUGGGAACUGUUGCUGUUGUUACAAACCAGAGCAAGAACAAACAUGCCAAUGUGACUCUCUAAUCAUGUCACAUAAAGGUUAUAAAUCCUACUUUAAAAUGCCAGGACACCUCAAAACGGCAAAAAACAAGAUUGAGUUUGCUCUAGAUUUAAUAUACUCUUACAAAGUCCCAUCCUCACCUAUCAAAACCUUUCCACAAGAAAUUGCCAUGAUCACUGUAACUCCCACGUUUAAUCUACUUGCUAACAUAAUUAUUAACAAAUCAUGUAUAUAUUUAAGGUGUAUUUAAGAAAGAGAAAGGUUAAAGUCAUUCAAAUGUUUGCAGGUUACACUCAAGGCAUGUACAGGUAUCCUAGUCAUUCUCUGAUUAGAUUAGUUAAAAGUACAGUCCACGAUUUGAAUCCAAUUCAGCACAUUUCUCCCCAUGGUCCUCAAGCUGUCGAUUCUCUAUUUGUACUAAAAAAAAACUCUGGUGUUUGUACACAAUCCUGUGUUUGUAAAUGGGAAACAAACAGUGUGGCUAGGAGCAAGCCAUCCACUAUUCCAGCCAAUCAACACUUCUUCGGGAGCACAGAAGGGAGGGUGUCAUUCUAUUGACUGUUGAGCUCAAAUAUCAUCAACUUUUCACGAGACUCACAGACCACCCUCUGAUGUGUCUCACCCCAGACUCACAGACCACCCUUUGAUGUGUCUCACCCCAGACUCACAGACCACCCUCUGAUGUGUCUCACCCCAGACUCGCAGACCACCCUCUGAUGUGUCUCACCCCAGACUCACAGACCACCCUCUGAUGGGUCUCACCCCAGUUGUAAUAUGGAAUUGAUUGCCCAAAUUAGUUUUUGUUAUCACAGCCCUUUUUGUCCAGACUCAUGCUUAAGAUCCGUUGUCUGUAGUGCUUAAUCAAAUUUACCAGUAAUGGUAAUUUAACAGUAGUUUAAUUUUGGGGGAAACAAUCCCCUUUCAGUUUUGCAUCCGAAUAGGAACUGUAAUUUGAACAAUUGUGAUUUACCACAUCAUUUAAGAGAUACAUUCAUGAAAACAUGAAUUGGUAUUCAUAUUCAAUUGGUAUCGGUCGUCUCACACCUGCAUCAGACUACAAGAAAACACCCAUUCUUGUUCUCUCCUUCCCCCGUCCCUUGCAAAAAUGAGGAUUGUACUCAUUCCAGUGAAUUUAGCCCACAUGUUUUAUGUUUGUCUUAUUUAAUGGAUGAAUGUAUUCAGUGAAACGGAAAAUUUGGUAUCCGUUGCAUUAUUGUAUUUCAUAAAAGAUAUAAUGAUAAAAGGUAUUCUGGUGGCCAGAAUGAGGAACACAUUUGUGGGGCACUACCAAGGUGCUAAUAUAGACUUUAAUGUUGGGGAUGUGGCUGGCCAUCACACCUGAGGGAGACAGAUGUUUGAAACUCUAACAUCAGUGCCAAAACCUUUCCAUGGGUAGGGCUUGAUAGACUUUUGAUAGACAGUGCAUCCUAGAUUGUUCUAGAUGCAGAACUGUCUGUGAAUUUUCAGUUAAUCUUUUUUAAGUGAAGCAGUUCAAAUGUCAUAUUGGAUGUUUGCAUAAUAACAAGACAAAUAUUAAGUCAUAUCGUAAACCAGAGAUAAAACAACACAUUUUAUUUACAUACAUAUGUGGUAUACAACUUUUCUGAAUACGUAGCAAGACUGUUAGUAGAAAAGGGGGAAUCUGGGCAUCUAGUACAUUUAAGUAACGAAAUUAAGAUAUAUAUUAUGAGUGUGUGUAAAUUUGUAUUUCAUGCUUAUUCAUUUUAGCACUUGGAAUCCUCAUAUGGGCCUUACUGUUCGUUUCAACUAUUUUAAUGGUUGUUGAAUUAUUGUUGACUUGGUGAUCUGUAAAAUAUUUUCAAAUAAAUAUUUCGUUUUUUUUGUAA